AAAACCAAUAACAAUUUAAACGUGCAUUUUGCAUACAAAGUGAACUAAUUAUAGUGUUAACCACAAGGAAUUCCAUAAACGCAAGCAAGCAAACAGCAAUAACAACGUUAUAGCAAAAUAAAAACAAAACAAAUUAACACGAAACGGAACUAAAUCUAACAAAAGCCGCACAGCUAAAGACAACUGUUUUGGGGCUAGCGAGUGUCAUAACAUUGACAGAGCAUAUAGCCAGCUAGACUGAACUGAACUGAACUGAACAACAAGUGGAAUCCGUAAGCUAUUCCAAGUAGUAAUUGUUUAGUGCGCUCAAAUUAACCAGCCCGUAAAGCCGUAAGCAAUACCAAAUUAACAAAAUGGCCGAUGUCUCUCAUGAAUUGGGCGCCCUGCGGUUCGUUGUGGACUCGCCGCUAUCAUCGAAGGUAGCCAUGUUCAACAAUCAGGCGACACAGCAUAAGCAGUCGCAGUUAUUGAACCCCUUUUCGCACGAUGGGCGCGCCACAUCACCGAAACCGACUUUCUCCAAGGAUCAGUAUGGCAAGCCGCUGGCUGGUAGUCUGACAGAGAUGCGUGGCCAGAAAGCCAACAUGCAUGUCAUGAAAGAAAUGCUAGAGCUCUGCCAGAUCAUAGAUUCCGAGGGUUAUCAGGUCAAGGAUGAGCCCACCAUGCGCGUCAUACCCUUUGGCGAACUCUUUAAUAUAUAUAACUAUAUAUCGGACAAGGUAGUGGGCAUAUUACUGCGUGCACGCAAGCAUAAAUUGUUGGAAUUCGAGGGCGAGAUGCUCUACCAGCGUCGCGAUGAUAAUGUGCCCAUCUUUCUGUUACGACCCAUAGCCGAUAUACGACAUGAGAUCAAUGCCAAGGUUGAGGAAAUCAAGCGUGGCACGAGUCCAGCGCCCCAAUCCACAUCUGUGCUCUUGGAUAAAUCAGCCCAUGAGAAGAAACUUAAAUCUCGCACACCAUCUCCAGCAGUGCCAAUUAAGGCUAAGUCGAAAUCUCCUGUACCCAAAGCCGAGGAACCAGUUGCCGUUAGCGAAGCACCAGUCGCUGCACCAGCUGUGGUCAUAGAGCAAACAGCUGAGCCAGAACAUGAGUCAGCUGUUGUUGACAAACCAGAAACUGCAACUGCAACGGCAACAGAAGCACCUGCUGCUGCAUCUACAGUCGCGGUAGAGGAGAAAGCUGAGCCCACAAAUGAAACCCAGCCGGAGGAAGUGCCAGCUGUAGUUGUUGACACAGUUGAAGCAUCGCCCGCAAGUACCGCCAGCGAUGAAUUGCCCACAAUUGUUAUUGAAGCCUCCGCAACAUUUGUUCGCACGGUCAGCGUGGAGAAACCCGAUGAGAAGCAGGUGGAAGGUGAGGCAGCAGCAGCUGAGAGUGCCUAAGGCAGCAAGGCAAAUGGUUUUUGAAACUCGCAACUACUAAAGCG